GCUAGCCAGGUCCUUGACCUGGUGAUUUUUGACGUUCGCGAGUAAUUUCUCGUGAUUCCUGCACUCCAGGUCCUCUACCUGGUGGAUCUCGACCUCCAGGACUCGCGCUCCGUAGUUUUGACUGUCCAGGUCCUUUACCUUGUGGAAUUCAACCUCCAGGACUGGCGCAUCGUAGUUACGUUUUGUUGAAAUUGUUGCUGUACAUUCAAUAUCUACCAACAACGUUAUGGACUGGACGUCGAGAUUCACUGUGUAAAUUAUUGUGUAUGUAUUUCAAAGUUUUGGCGAACGUUACGAAAUAAUUCGCGUUCGUGAGCUUAAUUAGCGAAGCAAUCAAAGGCGGAAAUUAAAUAUUGAGAAAAUGCUUUAAUGGCAAAUCUGACGGGCCCGGGCUUAGGGUUGCAGAUGGUGUCCUCAGCGGUGCUGGGGGCGGCGGCUGGGACCGGAUUGGCCCUGGUCGUAGCGAUGACGAUAGUCGUCUACAGGUAUUACGCCGUUAAACGGAAGGGGAAGUCCUGGAGCUCGUUGGACCGAUGGCCUGACCCUCCGUCGACGACCAAGAAUCGAGGUCAGAAUUCCACCAGCGGUUCCACCGUCCUCAACUGCUGGAGGAAGCCUCAGCAGAGCUUUUACGCGGUCCAAACGGGGGAAUUCAAUGUCGCCAAGGAACAGCACGCCGUUCAGCCGUCGGCUGUUACGGAAUCAGGUGGCGGGCUGCCUCAUCAGAGUCGCAGCUACCCUGGAGGGGGAGGAAGGCCGCUGGCGAGAACGCCAUCCGUGAGCUCGCAAAGCUCGUUGGAGGGAGCAUCUGGGUCCUCGGUUCACCGAGGCUCGUCUCCGCAGAUCAGAGCUUUCGGUCCGGACGGUCGUCACUACCUUGACGCCGCCCACACCGCCUCUUCAUACCCCCCGAGCAGGGGUUCGAGGUCGCCAUCUCCUGCCCGCGCCGCAUCCUUGGACGCCCGGAGCGCCAGUCCUGCAAGCUGCUGCGGCAGCGGCGCCCUUAGCGGAACCGCAUCGCCCUCGCAAAGCUCCCUCGUGUCUUUAGCCACCAUCACGAGCUCAUCCGUGUCCUGCGGAUCGGCAGGAGUCGCCCACAGAGCUCGGUGUCUCUCGCCUCUUCUCAUUCCACCCCCGAGGGUAUCCGGAAGCGACACAGGUCCCACGCUACCUACUUCACCCCUCGGCUCUCUGCAGCCGGAUCUUUACCCCCGCAGGGAUGGUCCGCUACUCAUCGAUACGCGCAGGUCCGGACCCAGUCUAGGCAGACUUCACCUGCGUCUGCAGUACGACUUUGACAGAUCGGACUUGAACGUUCACCUGAUCGAAGCGCACGAUUUAGCGGGCAGUGAUCAGGGUGGAUUCAACGAUCCAUACGUAAAAUUGACCCUGAAUCCCGAGGUGGACACGAGGAAGAGGCAGACCUCGGUCUACCGUGACAACCCGAAUCCUUUCUUUGACGAACACUUCAAGUUUCCAGUCAGCUACGAGGAACUGCAGGACAAAACUCUCGUGCUACAGGUUUUCGACUAUGACCGCUAUUCGAGAAACGACGUUAUUGGAUCGGUCCGGGUGAUGAUGGACAGGUUGGAACUGGUGUCGUCGACGUCUUCGGUUGAGAUUUGGGGCGAAAUCGCCCGUGAGAGAAAACCACCGGGAGAAAGGCAGGAAGUACUGCUGUCUCUUUCCUAUCUCUCAAAAGCAGAGCUGCUCACCGUUGCCAUGCUGAAAGCUCGAAACCUAUUCCCUCCUCAGGACAAAGAGUGUCUCGAUCCAUUUGUCAAAGUCUACCUUCUAUCCGGAGGUACGAAAGUUAAGAAGAGAAAAACCAAAACCCAAAAGGGUACCAGAGAUCCGGUUUGGAACGAGUCAUUUUCCUUCAAUGUUCCACAGUCGGCGAUCUCCUCGUCGUCCAUAGAGAUCUGCGUGCUGGAUUCGAACAGCGGAAAUAACACGCCCGUUGGUAUUUGCACCGUUGGUCCAGGAUCGAACCUGGUCAGCGGCGACAAGGCGGACAGUUUGGGCCGAGAUCAUUGGCUUUUGGCGACCCAAUCUCCGUCCAAGGCAAUCGCCAUGUGGCAUCCGCUUCAUUAGUACAACGUUGACGUAACUCAAGAUACAGUCGCUAGUCGUACUAAAGAGAAACAAAUACGCUAUUAACUGUAUUCAACGACGAGCAUGUGGAGAAGAGGCGUCAUUGAAAUUGUCCGAGGAGACCUAAAGAAAAUACAGGAAUUAAUAUCAUUACGCAUACUUAUAUUACACCCGAUCGAUUGACACGGCCUGUCUCAAAUUAUACAUUAUAUAUGACAACUGAUUGAUUCUUAUUCGAUUUAAUGUCAAUUCAUUCUAUCAAAUAAUUUCGGCAAGUAUAUUAUAUACAUAUAUACAUUUUUCAUGCAAAUUUGACGCAUUUAUAGAGAGAAAAUAAAUAAAUCUCCCAACAGGUAGACUGAUGAAGAUGAAGCAAAACAAAGACGUAACGGAAGCUUGUUUAUUCUUUUUUCUUUCAAUUUUUGUAUACAGAACCUUGGAUUUUUGUUUCUCACUUAGGACAAAUCAUAGAGAGACAAAAGUUUACAAUGUAUUCAUCCGAUUGCACACCGCACCAACGAAGAGAACCGUCAAUUAGAAUUUGAAAUGAAUAUUUAUUAAAUAAAUGACGAUUACGCGUAUGCGAUUGUUAUAGGUAUGGUCAGGCAAACAAAGUACAAGAAUAUAUGUAGGGACAAGAAAAAUAAGAGGAGUCGACGCACGUAACAUAUGUAAUAUGUACAUACCUACGACGCGAGAAAGAAUAUACGAUUAUACAUAUACAUAUAAUAUGCGUCCAACUAAACCCGAAACAGGUCUCAAAUUAUAAAUAUAUAUAACGAAUGAAACAACAUUAUUAUGAUGUAUAAAUAGACGAAUGAAUUAAAAUAUACACAAAUAUGAAUAUAAAUAUAUAAUUAUAUGAUGUACGGUAUAUAAGCGGUUAUAAGUUAAUAGAAAAUUUGGAAAAUUAUACAAAAAAUAAAAGGCCUACCUAAUGCGGACCGUACAAUUUUCAUGAAUUGUGGCCUGGUAAUUAUGUCUUAUUGAAUGUUUUAUAUAAUAUAUAUAUAUACAUAUAUAUAUAUAACAUUGAUAGUAAAAUAUGAAAAAUAAUUAUUAAAAGAGCGAAACAAAAUGGAAAGAAGAAGGAGAAAAAAUAGAACAACAACACUUUGCGCUCGAAAUUCUAAUAAAAUUAUUGUACGUAUACACAGGGAUAAAGCAAAGCAACAUAAAAAUGCAUGAUCUAUAAUAUAUAUUGCGAUGUAAACUAAUCGUGAAUAUGAAUAUUGUAUAUGUAUAUUAUACACGUACGAAGUAUUAUAGUGAUAAUUAAAUCAGGUAUAAUGAUCGAUGUAUGCCCCCCAUAAGGAUUUAAUAAUGUUCGAUCAAAAGUAUAAUUCAAAUACAUUAGCAUGAAAUUAAUUAUGUCGUUAUUGAGAGAUACGUUGAAUAAUAUCAUUUAUUCUCGUCGUUGGUUCAAAAAAAUUUUGAAAUUAAAUUUAAAAAAGAAGAUAUAUUUCACGUGAAAACACUAAACCUCAAGCUCCAGUUUCAAACUGUGUACAGUGUGACUUAAGUCUAAUAUACAUUACAUGAUACUUUUUACCUUAUCGUUAACGAAAACUUGCGUGACCAAAAUCCGACAUAUCGCGAUUGCUAUACAAUUUUCAAUCAAACAUUGACGUUCAUUCAGCUUAUGUUCUGAACAAAAAGAAAAUUAAGAAAAAAAAAAAAAAACGGAAAAAAAAGAAACAAAUAAACAGUUCAAUGUUAUGUAAUUAUGGAAAUCCAUUAUACCGUAGCAAUAUACAAAUAUACGUCGAUUGCAUUUACCGAAUCGUAUUAUUGAAUAUAUCGAUUCUAUGAUACAUCAUAUGAUACAUGUUAUACAGAGUUUCCAUUUCAAUUAAUCCGCUUUGAUAGUUCUCUAAGUAAUGGACAUUCGGACAGAUUUUACAAAUAAAAUUUGCCUCAUUUUCAUGGGGGGAAAAUCAAUUAAAUUUGUCUACUUCGACAUACUUUGGUCAUUUCGAAACUGUUUAUAUUUCCUCAACGGAACUAUCUUAUUUUAUCGAUCUGUUUUAUAACUUAAAUUAAGCUGAUGCAGCGGACGGUAACAAUUUAUUGACGCAAAAAGCUAGAAGAAGUAAACCCUUUCCAAAAACAGUAAUGAAGAUUAAGUUAAUUUUCAUUGAAAAAAAUGAUACGUUUUCAUUAUUAUUCAAACUACGAAUCCGUAUUCAUAAUUUUCAAGCUUACUUUGACAGACCUUUUUUCAAGUACGGUAUGAAAAAAACUGAAUCACUCUAAAAUAUCCGAAGAACAUUGGCGUAAAGAUAUUUAAAACCAUCGCCACGGCCAGCAACUUUUAUUUGAAACUACAUUUUUCGGUACUUUGGUAAGUUUUGAAGACAUGCUCGUAGCAGGUUUGUUAAAGUCAAACACCCUAUAUACAGAGCAUCCCGUUUUAAAUUACUCAUUCUCAUUUUUAGAAAACAGAGAAUAAGUGAAAUGGUGAAUAAAGUCUUAUGCACAAACUGAAGGAUUCCAAGGGUGACUGCAAAAUUGCAAUAUCAUCUGAUUGAAGAUACUUUAAUACUUACAUAUAACUCAAUUUAUACUCUCGAGAAGUUGCAGGUGGCCAUUUCUCGAAAUGUUUUACGUAAAUUCCCUAUUUUUUUUUUCACGCAACUUGUAACUACAAACAAUUUGAAGUUACGAAGUGGGUGGAAUUAGCUGAAAUUCAACUUGACUGCAACCAAGAGUUUCAUUAGAAAUCGAUAUUUGUUGAAAAUAACGGUGAAUACUAAAAUUAUCCGAAAGCGUGUCACCUAUACAAAAAUUAUGAUACUAAUGCUGCCAAAUUUUGUACCCUUACCUCACAAACUUUUCAACUUUCGUCCGAAACCUCUUCUCUGGGUGUCUCGUUUUAUAUUUUUCCAAAUUUCCUAAUGGGUAAUUGAAAAUAGGACACUCCGUGUAUAUACGACGUCUGUGCAAGAGCAUAUUAAAAUAUUACGAUUAACUAUAUAUAUAUAUAUAUAUAUAUAUAUAUACAUGUCUAUUACCAAAAAAGAGCUAAUGUUAAUGUUAUUCAGUUAUUGAAAAAUAAAUAUACAAAUACAUAUAAAUAUAUAACUAUUUAAGAAAAACUAUUGAUAUAUUAUACAUAUACAUAUAUAUGUAUAUAUAUAUAUAUAUUGCCUACUGGGAGUAGUCAGAGACACCAUAUGACUCGAUAUGAGCAUGGUCCGAAUCGUACGCUUAAACUUAUAUAAUAUAUUAUUAAUACACACAAAUAUAUAUAUAUCAGAUAUCUACAAUGUUCUAUAUAUACUUAUGUACGGUGAAAAUUUAAUAUAUUAUACACAGUGUUAUAUACGUAUACAUACAAUAUCUAUAUAUAUAUAUAUGCAGAGCAUACAGGUCGACCAAGAACUAUCGUCCCACAGGCUACCAAUUCGUUCCUCGUGAAAAUCUGCGACUGAAACGUUUUUUACGUUCAAUAGGAAAUUUGUCGUUUGCGAAUUACAGCCGUUUGAAAUUUACCAAUCCGGUAGCAUCUUCAGGACAGCUGCCGAGUCCGUGAUGAUUAAAUCACGAUCCGCUAGCCUCGAUUUCGGUCUGUUCUGAACCAUGAGAUUUUACUGGAUUAGCCAAUUUCAAACGACUGUAAUUUUCAAACGACAAAAUUCCUAUGAGAAAUAAAAAAAAUUAUCAUUAUCAACCACAGAUUUUCACGAGGAACACAUUGAUAGUAUAUGGAGCAGUAUUCCUGGAUCACCCUGUAUAGAUGUCUCUAUACAUUUAUUAAUAAUUAUACUGCUGGAUACAUGAAUCAAUAGAACUGUUUUGUCUGCAAUUGUAAAGGCAAACCUCAAAAUCCUAUUCAAUGUGUAUGCAUACACGUUAUAAAAUGUCAAACCCUAAUUGUAGGAAACUAAGAAUCAAAUUAUUCAGCACUUUAGCCAGAAAUAAUUCUAAAAAGACUAGAUUUCGUAUUUUGGCUGUUAAAAAUUUACACUAAAAGUAAUUUCUGUAAAAUUGUAUUCCCAUAAUUGUCAUCGCUAUACAUAUAUUAUUGAUUUCGACGAAUUGAACAUUUUCACUUUGCUCAGUGCACUAAUUAUACUUGCGCAUAUAUACAUUCGUAUUUGAAUAUACGUAAAUACAUUAUUAUAUAUACUGGGUUAUUUCAAUGAUGCGUCCCAUAGGGACUACUAAAUAUAGGCAAAUCAGGGUACAAGUUCACUCUGAGUAGUAGCUCCUUGUUCUCUGAUUUGCUUAUAAUUAGGAGUUUCUGUAGGGCGCAAUACGGAAGUAACUCGGUAUAUUUACUCGUACGGAGAGGUAAAAAAAAAAAAAAAAAACCAAACAAACACAUAAUGUGUCCUAAAUGUGAUGUGCGUUUAAUAUUUUAUUGUCACGUAUCCCGAGUAUAAUAUCGUCGUUUAAAAACAGUGAAAUAAAGUUGUUUGCACAAA